UUGGCUGGCGCGGGGUGAGGGGCGGGGACCCGCGGCGGCGUACUUAAGGCCGGGCGCUCGGCGUCCCCCCCCUCACUUGCGCGUUAGGAGGCUUGGCUCGUUGUGCUGCGCCUUGUUCCCGCCUGCGUCAGGGGACCUUCCCGACUCAGUGGGGGUGCGGUGAAGCCCCUGGACGACCUCAGUGAGGACCCCAACAGCGUUUGCCACAGGCCACCAUGGCAUCGGACGAAGGCAAGCUUUUCGUCGGAGGGCUGAGCUUUGAUACCAACGAGCAGUCGCUGGAGCAGGUCUUCUCAAAAUACGGACAGAUCUCUGAAGUGGUUGUCGUGAAAGACAGGGAGACCCAGCGAUCGCGAGGCUUUGGGUUCGUCACCUUCGAGAACAUUGACGAUGCCAAGGACGCCAUGAUGGCCAUGAACGGGAAGUCUGUGGACGGGCGACAGAUCCGAGUAGACCAGGCUGGCAAGUCAUCUGACAACCGAUCCCGUGGGUAUCGAGGUGGCUCCGCUGGGGGCCGGGGCUUCUUCCGAGGGGGCCGAGGCCGGGGCCGUGGGUUCUCCAGAGGAGGAGGGGACCGAGGCUACGGGGGGAGCCGGUUCGAGUCCAGGAGUGGGGGUUAUGGAGGCUCCAGAGACUACUACAGCAGCCGGAGUCAAGGUGGCGGCUAUGGUGACCGGAGCUCGGGCGGGUCCUACAGAGACAGCUACGACAGUUAUGGUUGAAGGGAAGCCAGUGUGACUUGGAAAGGUGGCCAGAGAGCAGCGAUGACCUGGGGUCACUGUCCCAGGAGGGCCUUCACCUGGAAGCAAGAGCCAGAGGCAUGGCUACCUGGCCUCACACCAUGUUACCUCAGGUGCAUCACUGGGGAGUUGAGGUGCCAGGGUUCACGUUGCUCCGGGAGGACCAGCUCUGUGGCAGCUUGCACCACAACUAGUACUCACUGUCAGCAGCGGGACGUGGACGUCGGAUUUGAAUAAAGGACUGGUUGAAGAAGCCGCAGCGGAGGAGGUAUGGCCUUCUGGCCAACACCGACGACCCUACGGAGAUGGUAUCGCUGGACAGCGAUGAGGAGAUCGUCUUUGAGACACGGACUCUGAGAUGAUGCUCAGGUCAGGAAGGCGGCGUUUCCAGAAGCCCCGGGAAGAGGACAAGAGACAGAACCCACUCCCAUGGACCGAUCGGGAUCCGGCAGCCCCGUGGGCCCAUCCACCUCCCAAUGCACUCACUGGUCCCCCUUCCGGCUUUGACUUUGAGAGCUCCCGUGGCUCCUGCCUCGCUUGCUCCUCAGCCCGACGCCGCCUCGGCCCUUGACCCAGACAGGACUGUGCAGGAUGCUGGGCAGAAACCAGAGGCCCCGAGAGCCUCCCGCAGGCCUCGGCGAAGGGCGGGACUGGCACCCCCGCACUCAGCCUGCUCUGUGGGGAUGAGGCGGCUGAGCUAAAGCCUGGUGGGUGGCGGGGCGGGCUGAGGGACCUGUCUGGGCUGGGGACAAUAAAGGCAGCCGUGGAGGUG